AUGACUUCGGCUUAUGGCCAAGCAGUUUUGAAUGAAGACUCUACCGGGAGGGACUAUUCCAGUUCCUUGCCAUACAUUCCACUGAUUCGCAACCUCCCCAAUGGUAGAGUUGUGAAAAUUGACUUCAUCCGCAAUCAGCACGACAUCGCUGCAGUGAGGACAUUACUGAACGAUGUGAUCAAAGAGGGAAUGUCAUGGCCUUUUGAAAGGCCCCUCACUGACUUUGAGUUUCGAAGCUACUUUUUCUCCCACACGGCUCUCGUCGCGCGAAACAGCAGCGGCGCUGUCAUCGGAGCCUUCUAUUGCAAGCCCAAUUUUCCUGGGCGGUGUGCUCAUUAUUGCAAUGGAGGCUUUAUCACAGACCCUGGCUACCGACGCCAAGGUGUGGCCUCACUGAUGGGAACUGUCUUCCUGCAAGUCGCAAAAGACCUUGAGUUUAAGGCUGUUUUGUUUAAUCUUGUUUUCUCAUCGAACGUGGCCAGCCUUCGGCUUUGGGAAAAGCUUGGGUUCAAGAAGCUAGCGCGCCUUCCGCGUGUAGGAAACCUACGGGAAGGCUAUUCAGAUGCUAUUCAGUACUAUUAUGAUCUGGAGAAUGGCUGCCGAGAGCAACGUACUAACUUUCGUUCAAAACUUCGGAGAGCACUUCCACAGGUUUCUCUCGUAGUGGUUGCAUUUCUCGCCGGGAGGCUGUCGGCUACCAUAUCGACAUGAACCAGUACUUCUUCACCUGCACCAGGUGUGACAAUGCUGAAGUUUGGGAUCAUUAAAGCCGAAAGGGACGGAAGCGUUCGCUACUAAUCGAUUAUGGAA